AAAACGGGUAUUGAAUCGACUCUAAAAGAGUCGUGGACAAGUAACAGAGGGAUGCCAAUACUAUACCUGUGGACAGACUUAAUUCAAGAUGAGGCAAAAAAUAUUUUAGAUGCAGUGGAUUGCAUCGAUCUGGAUUGUGUUCACGUGGAAAGUAAUAUACCUGAUAAGCAGAACAACGUGAGUAAAGAGUGUCUAAAUGAGGUGCGCUAUCGAGAGAUUGAAGCGUUUGCCGAGAGAGCUGAGGAGGAGGACUUUAGACGGGGCUUUUUUGAGUGUGAGGUGUGUUUCGAGUCGAGGAGUGGGGAUGACUGUGUGAAGUUCUACCCGUGUGGGCAUAUAUUUUGUAAGCAGUGUGUGACAGCGUUCUAUCGUCAUCAGUUGAAAGAAUUGUCAAUUAAGCGAUUGGAGUGUCUCGAUCAAAAGUGUGAAUCGUUAGCCAGUGAAAAACAGCUGAAAACGGUUCUGACAGAUGACGAGAUCGAAUGGUAUGAGAAAAUAUUGCUGUUUAAUGGGCUGGACACGAUGCAAGACGUAGUGAUAUGUCCGAGAAUGUCAUGCGGAGCGCAUGUGUUGUUGGAUGAGGAUCAGGCAAAAGGAAGAAUGGAACAUUCGGACGAUGAGGAAGAAGACAGCGAAGAGGACGAUAAUGAAGUGGAAUUCAGAAAGGGCAUUGAAGAGGAACGAGUAGUGGAGUUAGCAAUGGGCGGUUGGAAACUGGAAACGGGACGUUUCUUUGGACUGGUGGCAUUCCCGGUGUUCGCGUUCUGGUUGUUCAAUCAACCGGAUGUAUUCAAGAAAUAUAUGCGUAACUACCAGUUUCCUGAUUCGUCGGCUGGCGAUGCGGAGAUUCUGGCGUUCAAACAAUCGAUAAACGAGAAACGUCGAAAAGAGGAGUACGAGAAGUUUUUACGUGAGCAAAUGGCGUUCGAGGAGGCGAAACGCUUUCGAGAGGAGCAUAAUAUUUGA